GUAUGUCUCUCGCUGUCUCUCUGUAUGUGUGUCUCAAAUGAACCCUUACACAUAAAGGUUUACUAUUAUGGUUGAUAAAUAUGGUCAUCACACGUCUCUCACUCGUAGCUCUGCUGAAGUCUCUGUCCUACUGGAGAGCAAUUACUGCUUUUGUUCCUUUACAGUUUCUGUGUGGACUUCACAAUAGUUGUGCAGAACAAAAUAAGUCCGUUUUGUGUCCAUCGUCCUCAAAGCCACAAGCUGUGACCUCAGACGUCGUAGGUCUGAUACCUCCGCUCACUAAUCACUUCAAUCACAGCUGCUAGUAAAGACAACAUGGUCAGCAACACCUGUAAUCAUCAUGUUUAAUUAAGCUGCUAGUCGAUCGGUAAUCAAGGCUGUUUGUGAUCUUACAGUAAAAGGUCAUGUGAUCGGGGAUGACACGUGACACGUAACAAAACAUGUGUUUUCAAAUCACUGUGAUAUAGCUGUGACAUGGCUGUGACAUGGCUAUGACAUCGCUGUGACAUCACUGUGACAUCACUGGUUUGAUGUUUCAGGAACAGGACCACGUGUCGGAGGACGAGGACGAAGCUGCUUCAGACAAAGAGGACAAAGACAGGAAGAGGACGACCACUAGCAGUUCCUCUGGUUCCUCUGACUCUGAGCAGAGACGUGUCCGGACUAAACUGCGUCGUUUCCUCCAGAGGAGGCCGACGCUGCAGAGCGUCAAGGAGAGAGGAUACAUCAGAGACAACGUGUUCGGGUGUCACCUGGAUAUACUCUGUCACCGGGAGAACAACACCACUCCCAGGUUCAUGGAGAAGUGUAUCAGAACUGUGGAGAGGAGAGGUCUGGAUGUGGACGGGAUCUACAGAGUGAGUGGAAACCUGGCUGUGAUCCAGAAACUGAGACACAAAGCUGAUCAUGAGGAUCAGCUGGACCUGGAGGACGGACAGUGGGAGGAGAUCCAUGUGAUCACUGGAGCUCUGAAGCUUUUCCUGCGGGAGCUUCCAGAACCGCUGUUUCCCUUCAGCUGCUUCGACAAGUUCAUCGCUGCCAUCCGUCAGUAAACCACCGGUCCUCCAUCGGAGACUGAGACUGGGGGACAUUACAACCACUAAGACUGGGGGACAUUACAACCACUAAGACUGGGGGACAUUACAACCACUAAGACUGGGGGCCAUUACAACCACUAAG